AUGACCAAAUCAUACAGCGAGAACGGGCUGAUGGGCGAGUCUCAGCCCCAAGGUCCCCCAAGCUGGACAGACGAGUGUCUCAGUUCUCAGGACGAGGAACACGAGGCAGACAAGAAGGAGGACGAGCUCGAAGCCAUGAAUGCGGAGGAAGACUCUCUGAGAAAUGGAGGAGAGGAGGAGGAUGAAGAUGAGGACCUGGAGGAAGAGGAGGAGGAAGAAGAGGAGGAGGAUGAUCAAAAGCCCAAGAGACGGGGACCCAAAAAGAAAAAGAUGACCAAGGCGCGCCUAGAGCGUUUUAAAUUAAGGCGCAUGAAGGCCAACGCCCGUGAGCGGAACCGCAUGCACGGACUGAACGCAGCACUGGACAACCUGCGCAAAGUGGUACCCUGCUACUCCAAGACCCAGAAGCUGUCCAAGAUCGAGACUCUGCGCUUAGCCAAAAACUACAUUUGGGCUCUGUCAGAGAUCUUGCGCUCAGGCAAAAGCCCUGACCUGGUCUCCUUCGUUCAAACGCUCUGCAAAGGUUUGUCCCAGCCUACCACCAACCUGGUCGCUGGCUGCCUGCAGCUCAACCCCCGGACUUUCCUGCCCGAGCAGAACCCGGACAUGCCCCCGCAUCUGCCCACUGCCAGCGCUUCCUUCCCGGUGCACCCGUACUCCUACCAGUCCCCUGGGCUACCAAGCCCUCCCUAUGGCACCAUGGACAGCUCCCACGUCUUCCAUGUCAAGCCGCCGCCACACGCCUACAGCGCUGCUCUGGAGCCCUUCUUUGAGAGCCCCCUGACUGAUUGCACCAGUCCUUCCUUUGACGGACCCCUUAGCCCACCGCUCAGCAUCAAUGGCAACUUCUCUUUCAAACACGAACCAUCCGCCGAGUUUGAAAAAAAUUAUGCCUUUACCAUGCACUACCCUGCAGCGACCCUGGCAGGGCCCCAAAGCCACGGAUCAAUCUUCUCCGGUGCCGCUGCCCCUCGCUGCGAGAUCCCCAUAGACAAUAUUAUGUCUUUUGAUAGCCAUUCGCAUCAUGACCGAGUCAUGAGUGCCCAGCUCAAUGCCAUCUUUCACGAUUAG